GAAAGCACCACCAGAGAAAAAGAAGAAAGCACCACCGAAACUUAAAUGGUAUUAUUACGCGGACUUUUCCAAUCUUGCUGCCUCUUCCUGUUAAUCUUUGUUGUGUGUUGCAUCCCCCCAGAGGACCCCAUCAAAUGUUCAUCAGAUAAUACAGAUUGCACAAUCACAAACUCCUAUGGUGCCUUCCCUGAUCGGAGCAUUUGUCUAGCCGCCGAGGUGGCGUUCCCGUCCACCGAGCAAGAGCUCAUUUCCAUAGUGUCAAAAGCAAGCAGGAACAAAAGGAAAAUGAAAGUUGCAACACGUUAUUCACAUAGCAUUCCGAAGCUAGUUUGUUUAGAUGGGCAAGAUGGGCUUUUGAUAAGCACCAAGUAUCUCAAUCGUACUCUAAAAGUUGAUGUUGAAGCUAUGACGAUAACGGUGGAGAGUGGUGUGACAUUGAGGCAGCUAAUCAACGAGGCUGCCAAGGCUGGGCUAGCCUUGCCUUAUACACCAUAUUGGUGGGGUUUGACAAUUGGAGGCCUGUUGAGCACAGGUGCACAUGGUAGCACUUUGUGGGCUAAUGGGAGUUCAGUCCAUGAUUACCUUCUGGAACUUCGAAUUGUUACUCCGGGGUUCGCUGGAUUCGCAAGGGUUUGGAGUCUCAAAGAUGGUGACAAAGAUUUUAAUGCAGCAAAAGUUUCACUUGGAGUUCUUGGAGUCAUUUCACAGGUCACUCUAAAACUACAACCCAUGUUCAAACGAUCCAUCACCUACUUGACAAAGGAUGAUUCGGACUUGGGAGAUAAAGUGACUAGUUUUGGCAAUGAACAUGAGUUUGCCGACAUAACUUGGUAUCCUAGUCAACGCAAGGCAGUUUAUCGUAUUGACGACCGAGUCAACACAAACUCACCUGGCAAUGGUCUAUAUGAUUACACCCCAUUCCGCCCCACAGCUUCAGUUGCACUGGGCGUUAUCAGAACCACAGAGGAUUUUCAAGAAUCCCUUAGUGAUGCUCUUGGGAAGUGCCUCAGUGCACAGACAGUUAUUUUAACACUCAAGACUGCUGCCUAUGGUUUAAGUAACAAUGGUAUUCUUUUUACGGGUUAUCCUGUAAUUGGAUAUCACAAUCGCUUUCAAGCAUCAGGAACUUGUCUAGAUAGUGUUGAUGAUGCAUUGAUCACAGCUUGUGCGUGGGACCCCAGAGUUAAGGGUGAGUUCUUUCACCAAACUACAUUCAGUGUUGGCUUGUCCGUGGCUAAAAGCUUCAUUCAAGAUGUGCAAAAGCUGACAGAAUUGGAGCCUAAAGCAAUGUGUGGUGUAGAACUUUAUAAUGGAAUUCUCAUGCGCUACGUUAAGGCUUCGAGUGCUUAUUUAGGCAAGCAAGAAGAUGCAAUGGACUUUGAUAUCACUUAUUAUCGAAGUAAAGACCCCUUAACUCCUAGGUUAUAUGAAGACAUACUAGAAGAAGUUGAGCAACUCGCACUGUUCAAGUAUGGGGCGCUGCCCCAUUGGGGGAAGAAUCGAAACAUAGCAUUUGAUGGAGUCAUCAACAAGUAUAAAAAUGCUAAAGAAUUCUUAAGGGUUAAGAAGGUGUAUGAUCCAUUUGGCCUUUUCUCUAGUGAGUGGACUGACCAAGUUCUUGGAUUGAAAAAUAGUGUGACUAUAGAUAAGGAGGGGUGUGCAUUAGAAGGGUUGUGUAUAUGCUCACAAGACAUUCAUUGUGCUCCCAACAAGGGUUAUUAUUGCAGACCAGGAAAAGUAUAUAAGGAUGCAAGGGUGUGUGCUCGUGUAACUUCUAAGUAGAACAUUGGUGAUGCGAAUGGCCUAAUUUAAUCGAAUUGGGCUCUCAAAGGAAGUUACGAAUUAUUUGCAAAGUUGUAUUUGAAAUUCCUUUGUGCUGUGAUAUUUGGGUCCGAUUGAUAAAGACUGAGAUGGAUGAUCAGGAUGCAAAUUCGCAAAUAAAAACCAAAGGAUUCAGUGACAAGGUGGUCACUGUGCUUAUAUAUGGAGGACUAUAUAAAAAGAUAGAAAUGUUAAUUAUGUUGUCUCAUUUUUUUUUUCCUCGGAUAUAUA